AUGGCGAAGCUGAAGCCCGUCCCUCCGACGGCUACUCCUCGAGGUCAGAAGAGGCGCCGUGAGAAGCCCCAAAGGCCGGCGCUUGACGACGAUCUUCCUGACUCUUCAGCUGGAAUCAUAGCAGCAAAGGCUGCUCGACGUGAGAAACCAUCCAAUGAGAUCCCUCAAGUCCUACAUCAGAAUGAUGACGAUGACUCAGAUGAUUGCAAUGUUUCCAGUGAGGAUGAGGCACAUGAUAUGAUAAGCAAUAAAAGUGAUGCUUUUGAUGAAAUGGAGUCGUCAUGUUCAUUUCAGCGUCAUGUUACUCACGUGCUAGCAAAUGAUGAAGUCAAUGCAUUAGUGAAUCAGAAGAGUAAAUUUAAAUGGGAGAUGCCUGCAGAGGAGAUUCCAAAAUCCAAAUGGGUUGGAACAGGUGAAAAAAUUAAGGGAGCUUCUGAUGACCCUUUUGUUGAUGUCAAAGGAAAAUUGAAGGACCACUGGCAAAAAAUCCUCUCUGAUGAUUUGAAUUAUAGAUCGAGGUUCUUCUCACUUUGUAAUAGCUAUCGUGACAUAAUGCAUUGUAAUAAGAAGCCAUUUUAUCUCAAGGGUAGUAAGGUGGAUUCCAGUACUAUGGACGCAUAUCUUAUGCAUGCUUUGAGCCAUGUUCAUAGGACAAGAGAUGUUGUCAUUAAGAAUGAUGCGAAGCUUAGGAAUGAUGCUAACACAGAUGUUAUGGAGGACGACUCAUACCGCGAUCAGGGUUUUACACGUCCAAAGGUUCUUUUCUUGUUACCUCUCAAAAGCAUUGCACGACGCAUUGUGAAGAGAUUAAUUCAAUUAUCUCCGCUGGCACAAAAGGAUAAUUCUAUGGGACAAUUCAAGAAAGAGUUUGGCGAAUCAGAUGAUGAACUGGAGGAGCCAAAUAGUUCAAAACCAACAGACUUUAACCUUCUGUUUGCUGGGGAUGUUGAAGAUCACUUUCUUUUUGGAAUAAAAUUUACAAAGAAAUCUGUUAAGCUAUACAGCAAUUUCUACGCUUCUGAUAUCAUAGUUGCGUCUCCUUUAGCGCUUAAACUUAAAAUUGAUGGAGGUGAAGUUACCAAGAAAAAGGGACGUCCCAAGGAAAACGAUUCUGAUUUCCUGUCAUCAAUUGAAGUUAGUGUGGUGGCUGAUUACGGAGAUGUGAUAUCUAUGCAGAAUUGGUCGCAUCUGCAUGCUGUUCUUGAACAACUAAAUCAUUUGCCAUCAAAAGAGCAUGUAACCAAUGUGAUGCGGAUCAGGCCAUGGUACCUGGAUGAGCAAGCACGGUACUAUCGGCAAACAAUAAUCUUAAGUUCGUAUCUUACGCCAGAGAUGAAUGCUUUGUUCAACGGAUUAUGUCUAAAUUACGAGGGGAAGGUUAAGCUGGCGAGUGAGUUUACAGGUGUUCUUCCCAAAAUACAGCUUGAAAUACGGCAGGUGUAUGAACGAUUUGAUGCAUCUUCUAUUGGUGAACUUGAUGAUGCCCGCUUUGAAUAUUUCUGCACAAAGGUGUACCCAAAGAUUCAGGAGUCAGAUGAGGGCGGAGUGUUGCUAUUUGCCAGUUCCUAUUUUGAAUACAUUAGGCUGAGCAGUUUUUUGAAAUCUCAGGAUGCUUCUUUCUGUAGAAUUGGGGAGGCGACGUCACAACAGGAUAUAUCUCGUGCAAGACUCUGGUUCUUUGAGGGCCAGAAGAAGAUCUUGCUUUAUAGUGAGAGAUCUCACUUCUUCCACAGAUACAAGAUCAGGGGAGGACAUCAUUUGGUCGUCUACUCAUUGCCAGGGAGAAAAGAUUUCUAUCCAGAGCUUGUAAAUAUGCUCGGUGAAUCAGGAAAUCCCAGGUGCAAUGUGCUUUUUUCUCGCCUGGACCUCCUUAAGCUGGAGCGGAUCGUUGGAACGUCGUCUGCACGGAGGCUGAUUUCUUCUGACAAGGAUAUGUUUGUCUUCUGCUGA